AUCAGGUAGAGCCAGACAGUGAGGCGUUAGUCGUUCCACAGCGCUGAUCGAGUCGAAAACAAUAUUGAUACUUUGGUCCCGACGCCAAAAGCCGAAGAAAAUGAAGCAGCAAAAAAACUGUGAACAAGAAAUUGGCGUAAAAAUUUGAUCAAACAAAAGAAAAUUACAAUUUGCCGUGCGUGUGUGCGAGUGGGUGUGUGUGCCAGAGUGUGUGUUUGUGUGUGUGUCGGAAUGUCCAAAGCAUCAAAACAAAAGAUACAGCUGCAGAUAAAGAUAUAGCUAUAUAUAAAGAUAAAGCUAAAGUAUCUCAAAUGUGAAGUGCCACAGCAAAGUUUUCGUUUCUCACUUUGCGUAAUUGUUUGUUUGUUAUAAUUUUGUAUUAUACUAUUUUUGAAAUAUGUGCUUAACUGUGCCGUCAGCAGAAACUGCAACAACAACAACAACAACAGCAAUGCGCUGUAAAGCCAACGCGCAAAUUGAAUGUAAAAAAGUUUGAAACAAUUACAAAAGCAAACACAACAACAAGAAAGUGCCAAUGCUUAAAGUAUCUUAUAGAUACUUAGCUGCAGUGUCAUGUGCUCUGGCAACAACAACGACAACGACAACAACAACAACAACAAUAAACACACACAAUCAGUGGAUACAGCGGCUGCGCCUGCGCCUCGAAUGCGGCAAUAAAAUUUUCAACAAGAAUUUCAUCUAUUUCAUCUACAAUUAUCGCAAGCGAAAAGCAGACAGCACAGACUGAGAUUUUCAAAGAGACAAACAAACAUACAUACACACAUACAUACAUACCUAUAUGUAUCACACAUGUAUAUUUAUCAAAGAUCUAUCAAAUAUUGACGCAAGCGUGAUUUAUACAUAAAAAUUGUGUUGAUUACCUUCGACUGCUGCAACGGUAGCCAAAGUGGAAGAAGCAGCAAAUAAAACAGCUGUAAAUUGUGCAAAUAUCCAUAAAAGAGAGAAACCAAAGCAACUACAACAACAGCAACAGCAACAGCAACAAUUGCAGCUGCGAUAAGACGCGUUCUCAUAAAUCUAUCAAGUGUCAAAAGCGGAACUGACUCGCAGGGGGAUUGAGUGCCGAGGCAAUCCAUCAAAAUACGCGGCUUACUUAAAUUAAUGCAGAGCUCAAGAAAUCAAAGAAAAACUAAAUAAAUAAACAUAUAUAACACCAUAUAUAUAUAUAUGUUUAUAUGAAUGCACAUCGAUUAACUAUCGAGAAAGGGAAACACACUUCAAGCUAGAUUUCGACUUAUCCGAAAACAUAGGAAACUUUAUAAGACUGAGAGUUGCAAGCGACCAUGCGCGCAUGGCUUCUACUCCUCGCAGUGCUGGCGACUUUUCAAACGAUCGUUCAAGUUGCUAGCACCGAGGAUAUAUCGACCAGAUUUAUCGCAGCGAUAGCGCCCACAACAACAACAACGACGACUAAGGCCAUAAUUAAUACUAAAACAGCAACAGCAGCAACAGCAACAACAACAACAGCAUUAGCUAAAGCAUUUAAUCCAUUCAAUGAGUUGCUACUCAAUAAUAACAACAACAACAACAAGAGUGAUAGUGAUAUAAAUAUGAAACAGCAACAGCAAACAAGUGCCGUUGCAUUAAAACAAUAUAACGAAGUGCAUAAAUCAAGAACAGACCAAUUAGAAUAUUCCAAAAAUUCCAAAAAUAAGCAUAAACAGCAUAAGCAUACUAAAUCAACUAACAAAAUGGCCAAAAACCAGCCAAAACAACAACAAACACACACAAAAACAACAACAACAACUACUACAACAACAACAACAGCAGCGCCGCACAUACAAGUGUUUGGCCCCGCCCCCGCAUCAGUUGACGCCGCCCCAUUCGAGAGCACGGACAGCGUACUGGGGGAGUUCGAAGUGCCGGGCAUCGCGGACGCAAUCAUCGCCGAGGACGAGCCAGCCACCUACAGCAGCAAGGAGAUCAUCAAGGACAAGGUGAAGCCGGAUCCAUCCACUCUAGUCGAAAUCGAGAACAGCCUGCUCUCGCUGUUCAACAUGAAGCGGCCGCCGAAGAUCGACAGAUCCAAAAUCAUCAUACCGGAGGCCAUGAAGAAUCUCUACGCCCAGAUCAUGGGACACGAAAUCGAUUCCGUGAAUAUACCCAAGCCGGGACUCCUGACCAAAUCAGCGAACACUGUCCGAAGUUUUACACAUAAAGAUAGUAAAAUCGACGAUAGAUUUCCACAUCAUCAUCGGUUUCGGCUGCACUUCGAUGUGAAGAGCAUUCCCGCCGAGGAGAAGCUGAAGGCCGCCGAGCUGCAGCUGCAGCGAUCAGCGCUGAGCGUUAGCCAGGCGGUGAACCGGACGCGCUACCAGGUGCUCGUCUACGACAUAACGCGGGUGGGCGUGCGGGGCCACCGGGAGCCGAGCUACUUGCUGUUGGACACGAAGACCGUGCGCCUGAACAGCACAGAGACGGUGAGUCUCGAUGUCCAACCGGCCGUUGAUCGGUGGCUGGCAACACCUCAGAAGAACUUCGGGCUGCUGGUGGAGGUGCGCACGAUGCGCUCCCUGAAGCCGGCGCCGCACCACCACGUGCGCCUACGCCGCAGUGCGGACGAGGCGCACGAGGAGUGGCAGCACAAGCAGCCGCUGCUCUUCACCUACACGGACGACGGGCGGCACAAGUCGCGCUCGAUCCGGGACGUGGGCGCGCGGGAGGGCGGCGGCGGCAACGGCGGCGGCCGCAACCGGCGCCACCAGCGGCGCUCGCGCCGCAAGAACCACGAGGAGACCUGCAGACGGCAUUCGCUCUACGUGGACUUCCAGGACGUGGGCUGGAGCGACUGGAUAGUCGCGCCGCCCGGCUACGAUGCGUACUACUGCCAUGGCAAGUGUCCGUUUCCGCUGGCCGACCACCUGAACUCCACAAACCACGCGGUCGUCCAGACCUUAGUCAAUAAUAUCAAUCCAGGGAAGGUACCAAAGGCGUGCUGCGUGCCCACGCAGCUGGAGGGCAUCUCGAUGCUCUAUCUCAAUGACCAAAGGACAGUUGUGCUCAAGAACUAUCAGGAUAUGACAGUUGUGGGCUGUGGCUGUCGAUAAGCCGCAGAGCAGCACAAACUGAAAGCAGAAGCAGCGAGUGAGAGAGAGAGAGAGAGAGAGAGAAAGUGAGUGAGCAAGUGAGAGAGAGAGAGAGAGCAUCAAAUGCUGUUUGGUUCCAAGCCGUCAAUGCUUUAAACACAACGCAAACAAAAUGGACUGAAUAUUUGAAUUUUAAGUGUAAAUCGUAGACUUUAAUUGUAUGUAGAGCGAAAUGCAGCCACCACAAGCGACCGACCAGCCCCAGCCUCCUGGCCUACCAGGACUCCAGGCUCUCAAGGGUCCGCCGCCGCCGUCUCUGUCACUUUCCACAGCCAGGCUUUGGAAAUGUUGCACAGAGCCAAACGCCGAGACGCAAGCAGCAACUGUAAAUAGCCGCCCCCACCAUGCCCCCACGCCCCCACGCCCCACGCCAUCACGCCCCAACCCCCCAGCAGUCAACAAACAAAAUGCCAUAGACCGCACUCUGAGAUACUUUUGUAUCUCGCUGAAUUGAACAAAUUGUAUAGAAAAGCUAAUGCUAAGCUAUGUAAAAAUCGAAUCAGGCUAACGAGAAUGUCCUGCAAAGAGUAGAAAACUUGAAAUUAUUAUAAAUAUAUAUAUAUAUUUAUAUAUAUAGUUAUAUAGAUUUACCUUGCAGAGGUAUUCAAGUUCGUUCCCCAAAACUAAGAGUAAAAUGUAUCAUAAAUCAAAGCUAAAACUUAUUAACUAAAUGAAAGGUUAAAACUAAAGUUAAACUACAACUAAAAACUAAAUUAAAUAUAAACAAAAACAAAAAUUGAAAGAAGAAAAAAAAACAACAACAAAACUAUCGUUUAUUGUUAUGCGUUUUAAGCUAAACUCGAAUAUAAUAAUCGUAUGUUAAAUAUACAUAAAUUAAUCUAGCAUUUAAUUUAUUACAUUUAAGCAGCAUGUUGGAAAAAAUUAGUAAAAAGUAAAAAAAAAAAAAAAAAGAAACAAAAACAGAAGAAAAGAAAGUACUCGAAAAGCAAAUGUCGAAACGUAACUGCGCCUGGCAUAGAGGAGCGCGCCAUUUUAUUUUGUAAUUUUCUUAUAAAUUUUUAUUAUUUUAUUUAUUUAAAAACAAUGCUGAUGAUGAUGAUGAAG